CCCCCCUCUUCCCCUUGGAUCUCUUCCCUCCCGCGGAGUAGCCAGCCGAUCUCCUUGCCGGCGGUCGCUCUCGACUCUCUGCUGCCGCCAUCCCCGUGCCUCGCAGGGUCCUGCCCCCACUCCCCUUUUGCAUGAGGUCGCAGCUGACGUCAGCGGUUGGGCUGCGCUUCUCUUCCCGUCGUCCCCGCCCUCGCCCUCCCGCCUCCGCCUUCCCCCCUCCUCCCCCCCCCCCAGGGGUCGGGGUCGGGGGGUGGCGCCCCGCCCUCCGGCCCCGCGGGGGGAGGGGGGGGGCCGCCCGCCAUGCUGCCGCCUGCCGGCGCCGCCCGUCCUGGGCGGCGCAGCGAGGAGGCCUCGCUGGAGGCUGCCGACGACUCGGCGGCGGAGUCUGACGCGGGCGAGCAGAGGCGGCUGCUCCGCGGAGGGGGCGGCGAGGGCAGGGCGGACGGCACCGCGCCGCGCCGCCCCUCGCGCCGCUGGCGCAGGUCGGGCGCGGUGGCGUCGGCCAGCCUGCUGCUGGCGGCGGCGGCGGCGCUCCGAGCCCUGGCGCCUCGAGGCCGCGGGCGGCGGAGAGGCGAGGUGGUGCGCUGCUCUUACUGUGGGUUCUUCGUCUUUGAGAAGAACGUGGUCCACAGAGAUCCCGCGCCAGCCGUCAGCCUCGCAGCGCUCACGGAGUCCCGCCACCUGUGCGAGGAUCGCGACACUUUCAGGCUUGCUCUGGGUACCUACACCUCACAGGCGUCCUGCCUGCAUGCGUGCGAGCACACCUCGGGGUGCACAGGCCGCCGGUUUGCGCCCGCCCUGCUGCAGCGCCC